AGGCGGCGGCGGCGACGUGGGCUGCGGCGGGCCCGCGGCGUCGGGCGGUGCGGAUGUCGGGCUGGGCGGACGAGCGCGGCGGCGAGGGAGACGGGCGCAUCUACGUGGGGAACCUUCCGACCGACGUGCGCGAGAAGGACCUGGAGGACCUGUUCUACAAGUACGGCCGCAUCCGCGAGAUCGAGCUCAAGAACCGGCACGGCCUCGUGCCCUUCGCCUUCGUGCGCUUCGAGGACCCCCGAGAUGCUGAGGAUGCAAUUUAUGGAAGGAAUGGUUAUGAUUAUGGCCAGUGUCGGCUUCGUGUGGAGUUCCCCAGGACUUAUGGCAGUCGGGGUGGGUGGCCCCGCGGUGGGAGGAAUGGGCCUCCUACAAGAAGAUCUGAUUUCCGAGUUCUUGUUUCAGGACUUCCUCCAUCAGGCAGCUGGCAGGAUCUGAAGGAUCACAUGAGAGAAGCUGGGGACGUCUGUUAUGCAGAUGUGCAGAAGGAUGGAAUGGGGAUGGUGGAAUAUCUCCGAAAAGAAGACAUGGAAUAUGCCCUCCGUAAACUGGAUGACACCAAAUUCCGCUCUCAUGAGGGUGAAACUUCCUACAUCCGAGUUUAUCCAGAGAGAAGCACCAGCUAUGGCUACUCACGGUCUCGUUCUGGGUCAAGGGGCCGUGACUCUCCAUACCAAAGCAGGGGUUCCCCACACUACUUCUCUCCUUUCAGGCCCUACUGAGACAGGUGAUGGGAAAUUUUUCUUUAUUUUUUAGGUGAACUGAGCUCUUUGUGCUCAGAAUCUACAUUCCAGAUUGAUGAUUUAGUGUCUUAGGAAAUUUUUUUAAUUUUUUUUUUAAGGAAAUAAAAUACAUAAUUUCUACCAGGGCCAUAUUGGCAGUGAAACAUUAUAAACUGCAGAAAUUGUGGUUUUGGUUCAGAAAUAAGUUGUAUAUUUUUCACCCCUGAUUAUGGGAAAAAAAUCAGUGCUGUGUCUUUGUGGGUUGCUCUACUAUGGAGAUCAGCAGUUACUGUGACUGAGUCGGCCCAUUCUGUUUAGAAAUAUAUUUUAAACGUUUAGUAAUUGACAUGUGUGGUUGUCCUUGAUUAAGUUAAUAGAUUUCACCAAAUAGGCACACUGAUUUAAAAAAAAAAAGUCAUUGAGUUG